AUUUUGUGCAGGCCGCGUUCUAUCUAGGCGCGGUCAGCACCAUUACAAUCGUAAGAGAGAUUCAAAUCCAUUUUUACAACUUCUUAGUAUUCCCUUUAGUCUCCCAUAUAUACAUGAGCUAACUUGUACAAAAAGACACAUAUGCAGAUAUGACUAAUUUGUACAAGAAGGCACAAACCGCAAAAAGAUUCAGCUUCUUGUGAUACAUAAUCAUAAACGUGCCUGAUAUAUUUCUAAUAUUACCAACAGAGAAAAUAUGGUGAGGGUUGGAGAAGCAUUGAGUGUAUCAACCUCAUCGUCCUCCUCCCUCUACGAUAGCGAAGCAGAGGAGCUUCAAAAGAUGCCACUGGAACCACCGAGAGUUAAGGCUAAGAAACGUCUCUCCAAGCAACUCUCCAUGUUAGAGACCCAAAGAGACAUAGCAUGGGAGCGUCGCCGCCGCCAGAUGCUCCAGCACCUUGAGAAGCAUAACGAAGGAGGAGAAAACUUGACCGACGAGGACUUGAGUGAGCUCAAAGGAUCUAUUGAGCUAGGUUUUGGGUUUAACGAGGAGCAAGGCCAACAACUUACUACUACUUUGCCUGCAUUGGACCUUUACUUUGCUGUGACUCGUCAGGUCUCACCCGUUUCUACACCAGGCAGCAGUGGAUCUUCGUCAUCCUCCCGACCUACUUCCCUUGGAGACCGAUCCUCCUCUUUCGGUAGUCCUAAAAGCGACUCUGAUUCUUUGAAAGUUAUGUCUCCAGGAGAUAGUCCUCAACUGGUUAAAAUGAGGCUGAGACACUGGGCACAAGCUGUGGCAUGUUCUGUGAUACAAUCUUCCAACUAAACAGAGAAGUGAGAGAUGGAUGUGUACGAGAUCGAGUGAGACAUGAAGAAUGAUACAUUACAAAUAUGGCUGAGGGCGAAAAGACGUGUUGUAGAAACUAAAAAAUCUUAAGACAGAUUAAUUAAGGAGUUUGGCUGAGACAGAGGAGGACGGAUUAUUGAAGUUGUAAAAGAAGAAAUGAGAAAAGAUGCAUGGAGGUCUUACAUGUUACUUUAGAUAUUAGGUUUUUGUUUUCUUCUUUUUGUUUUUGCCUUAUAAACUAUCUUUUGUAAAUUUGUAUUAUUACUCCAUCAAACUUCUUGUUAUUUUCCAAAUUCGAGAUUCUAUAUUUUAACAAUUUUUUCCUUAACACCAACACAGAGAUAUAGAUUUAACAAAGGACAUUCCGUAUAACCAAGAAAUGUACAACAAGUAUAACCAAGUUGCAUGACUCUUUUGACAUGCUAAACAAAAAUAUCAAUCUAAGUAUCUAACUAAUUUCAAAAAACAAAUCAAUUGAGAACUUCAGAACAAACCCACAUUCACUCUUCACUCAAAAUCUAGAAGAAAAAUGUAAACCAAAGACAAAGAAUGUGAAAACCCCACAAUAAAAUUAUGAACACCAAACCCAAAAA